AUGAUGAGGCAGGACAAGCAGAGUCCCAGAAAGACGGUGAAGCCCGCUCCCAGCUCCAUGGUGGUGCCAGGCCAAGAAGUUCAAUCCUCCUGCCUCAGCCUCCUCCUUGGUUGUUGGAAACGAACCAACAAGGGAGGAAAGCUGCCCCCAGGCCCCACACCAAUACCUUUCCUGGGGAACCUGCCACAAGUUCGCACUGAUGCCACCUUUCAGUCUUUCCUGAAGCUCAGCGAGAAACACGGCCCCGUGUUCACUGUGUAUAUGGGACCCCGGCCAAUAGUUGUUUUAUGUGGACGUGAAGCAGUGAAGGAAGCCCUGGUAGACAAAGCUGAGGAAUUCAGCAGGCGAGGCGAGCAGGUCACCUUUGACUGGCUCUUCAAAGGCUAUUGCAUGGCAUUCAGCAAUGGCCAGUGUGCCAAGCAGCUGCAGCACUACUGCAUCACCACGCUACCGGACUUCGGCAUGGGCAAGCGCGGCAUUGAGGAGAGCAUCCAGGAAGAGGUGGGCUUCCUCACUGAGGAAUUCUGGGGCACGCGCGGCGCCAUCAUCGAUCCCACCUUCUUCCUGAGCCGAACAGUCUCCGAUGUCAUCAGCUCUGUUGUCUUUGGGGACCGCUUUGACUAUGAGAACAAAGAGCUGCUGUCACUGCUGCGUAUGAUGAAGGAUCCAGCAGCUGGGGAGCAGAAGAACCCAAACACGGCAUUCUGCAUGAAGAACCUGGUGCUGAUCAUGCUGAACCUCUUCCUCGCAGGCACUGAGACCUUCAGCAUGACCCUACGCUAUGGCAUCUUGCUGCUCAUGAAACACCCAGAUGUGGAGGCCAAGGUCCAUGAGGAGACUGACUGGGUGAUUGGCAAGAACCGGCAUCCCAGGUUUCAGGACCGGGACAAAAUGCCCUAAACGGAGGCAGUGAUCCAUGAGAUCCAAAGAUUUGGAGACCUAAGCCCCAUGUGCCUGGCUCACAGGUUCACCAGGUUUCAGGACUUCUUCCUUCCCAAGGGCACCGAAGUGUUUCCUAUGCUGGGCUCUGUGCUCACCGACCCCAAGCUCUUCUUCAAACCCCGAGAUUUCAAUCCCCAGCACUUCCUGGAUGAGAAGGGGCAGUUUAAGGAGAGUGAUGCUUUUGUGCCCUUCUCCAUUGGAAAACGGUUCUGUUUAGGAGAAGGCCUGGGUCGAAUGGAGCUCUUUCUCUUCCUCAUCACCAUCAUGCAGAACUUCCGCUUCAAGUCCCUGCAGUCGCCUGAGGACAUCGUAUCCCCCAAGCACGUGGGCUUAACUAGGAUCCCACCAUACCAUACCAUGAGCUUCCUGCCUCGCUGA